AUGGAGCUACCGAUACCGGACAAGGUGAAGAAAUUCUGGGACUUAUGGAAUCUUCGUUGCUGCAUUCUGCUAAGCCUGUCUCUACAGGCUUUCUUGGUGUUGUUUGCGUCCUCCAGGCAACGCCGUAAAAACUCAUUUCUGGUCUUUCUUAUCUGGGGAACAUACCUGCUAGCCGACUGGAUCGCCGCUGUUGCCAUUGGUUUGACUACCAAAACCCAUGACUCCGACAAAUCUUGUAAUAAUGGUCAUCACGUCACCAACAACGGAAAAUCCAAUUAUAAUCAAGAAAUUUCUGCAUUUUGGGCUUCAUUUCUUUUGGUGCAUCUUGGCGGACCCGAUAGCAUCACUUCUUUUGCACUCGAGGACAACGAGUUCUGGGUUAGGCACUUGUUCGGACUCUUCUUACAGGCUUUGGCUGCUGGUUAUAGUUUAUUUCUGACGCUUCCCCAUAACAAGCUCCUGACUCCUACGGUGUUGGUCUUCCUUGUUGGGAUUGUCAAGUACGCAGAGAGAACGCGUGCGCUUUACCUCGCGAGCUUAGAUCGUUUUGGUGCCACUGCUUUGCCGAAGCCAGAACCUGGGCCUGACUACGAAGAAACUUCGACAACGUAUGCUUCGCGGAUGCUCGAGGUUCCAAUAGAAGCGGAGAUGACGACAAUGUCAAACGCUGCAGCAGGUAGUGUUACUGGGAGCUCCCAUGAUCCAGAUUUUGAUCCUAAAAUGGUCAAUUCAGAACCUAUGGAUGAGAUGAUGGUUCUGCUGAGGGCAUACAUGCUCUUCGAACGGUUCAAAGGACUCAUUGUCGGCUUCUUUUUGACCACCACUGACCGAGACUCGAGCAGAAAGAUGUUCCUUGAAAUUACCGAUCAUAAGCGUGCUUUUCGAUUAAUUGAGUACGAGCUUAGCUUAAUGUUCCAGGUUCUCCACACCAAGGUGGUUGUGGGGCGCAAUACAACGGGGUACAUCCUUCGCGGUUUGAGUUUCUUUUCCUUAUUGGGUGCCUCCAUGUAUUUUUUGCAAGUUGAAAAGAAGGGGUUUGGUAGUUUAGAAAUUAUCCUUACAUAUGCCUUGCUUAUUGGAGCCAUUGUCCUUGAUGCCAUAUCUAUGAUGAAGCUCGUCUUCUCGGAUUGGUCUCUUGCAGUAGUCCCUAAGGAGAAGAGUUGGAGGGGAUAUUUUGCUGGAACAAUUUUAAAGAGAUCAAAGUGGUCGAGGUUGGUGUUCCAGUAUAACAUGAUAAAUUAUUGUCUAGAUGAAUUACGUCAUGAACGGCUCUACAACUUUGCUCGCCGUAUUCAUGUUUCAGGAAUUCUUGACAAGAUUAAAAUAUUGUGGUAUUCAUCUUCAAAGGAGGUAACUGAAGAACUGAAGAAAUUCAUCUUCGACAAUCUUAUAAGAAAAUCCAAGAAGGCAGUCACUUUAAGAGAUGCAGAGCAAGAAAGUCAACAAAGAGGCGAUUCAGCUCUGUCACAGAGUCCUUUUGCUACUGAGAUCAAACUCAAAUGGAGCGUCAGCGAGUUCCAAUACACAGAAAGCCUUCUUCUGUGGCACAUAGCCACUGAGAUCUGUUAUCUUGUGGAAAGAUCUAGAGGUGAUGAGGAGAAAGUUGCUAAAACGAAGGAAGCAAAUUCUGGUGGCGAUGAGGAGAAAGCUGCUAAAAUGAAAGCCGAAAAUUCUAGUUGUGAUGAGGAGAAAGCUGAAAUGAAGGCACAAAAUUCUAGUGGUACUGAUGAGGUGAAAGCUAAAAUGAUGGCAGAAAAUUCUAGUGGCGAUGAGGAGAAAGCUAAAACGAAGGCAGAAAAGUCAAGUGGCGAUGAGGAGAAAGCUAAAAUGAAGGCAGAAAUGUCUAGUGGUGAUGAGAAGAAAGCUGAAAGGAAGUGCAAGAUUCUUUCAGAUUAUAUGUUUUAUCUGCUGAUCAUGCAGCCAAAUAUGUUGUCCACAGUUUUGGGCAAUUGGUACAUAGCGUUCCAAGAUACUGCUGCAGAGGCCAAGAGAUUUUUUAGCAAGCACUCCAUAACGGACCAUCAGGAUGCACUAAGGAAGAUAACUUCAAUGAAAGCAAAAUUCAGACCAGCUGCUGUGAAGGGUCCUAAGAGCAAAUCUGUGUUCUUCGAUGCGUGUAUCCUUGCGAAACAGCUUCAGAAAUUGGGCGAUGAACGGUGGGACAUAAUGGAUCGAAUGUGGGAGGAAUUGAUGUGUUACGCGGCCAUCAAUUGCAGACCAAUCAUACAUGCACAACAGCCAAGUAGAGGUGGAGAACUUCUGACUUUCACUUGGCUGCUGAUGAAUCAUUUUGGCUUGGGCAUACAGUUCUCUGAGGAGGAAGAGCUGGCUGGAACAAAAAUGGUGGCGGUAAAGUAG